CGACACCCUAGCCUCUGUCCUGAGUGAUCGCAACAAAAUUGGGGAUGAAGACCACGCAGGAAUCUUGAAGCCAGCCUUGCUGAAGAAUCACGUCAAUGUUUUGCUCCAGAUGGGCCCGUCUUCCAGGACACAGGGAAGGGAAAUGUCUGUGAUGGAGCCAGCUCAGAUGCCGGUGACCUUCGAGGAGGUGGCUGUGUAUUUCACCCAGGGGCAGGGGGCUCUGCUGAACCCCGCUCAGAGAGCCCUCUACAGGGACGUCAUGCAGGAGAACUACGAGACAGUGACCUCACUGGGAUUUCCCAUUCCCAAACCUGAACUGAUUGCCUGGCUGGAACGAGGGGAAGAGCCGUGGGUGCCCGAUCUCCAGGCCUGCAAGGAAAGAAGGCUUCCGAGAUGCACCCGUACAGCAGGUGCUGAGCAAGGGAGUGCGAACGAGGAGGGGAAUCAUCAUGAGGAAGUUCCCGGGGAAGUGGAACCGCAGGGGACCUUUGUGGGAAGAGCUGAAGGGAAUUUUUCCCCGUGCUUGGAGCAGGCAGAAGCCUGGGGAAGUUGGCACAGGUCAGAGAGGAUUCUGGGAAACCACCCAGGGAAGAAAGUGGAUGAAUCUGUUAGCGGUGGGGGAAGAGAGGAGGAUCCCAGAGCGCAGCAGACAAAUCCCAAGGAAGAGACUCCCUGGCACUACCUUCAGUGUGGGAAAGGAUUCAUUGUGAGAUCACACCUUGUUCAACAUCAGGCAAUCCACACACGAGUGCGACCAUACAAGUGCUUGGACUGUGGGAAAAGUUUCAUACAAAGGUCAGACCUUGUUAGACAUCAGGCAAUCCACACAGGAGUGAAACCGCACAAAUGCUUGGACUGUGGGAAAAGUUUCACAGAGAGGUCAAACCUUCUUAAACAUCAGGCAAUCCACACAGGAGAGAGACCCCAUAAGUGCUUGGACUGUGGGAAAAGUUUCAUAAGAAAGUCAAACCUUCUUAAACAUCAGGCAAUCCACACAGGAGAAAGACCUCACAAGUGCUUGGUCUGUGGGAAAAGUUUCAUAAGAAAGUCAACGCUUGUGGAACAUCAGGCAUUACACACAGGAAUGAGACCCCACAGAUGCUUGGAGUGUGGGAAAAGUUUCAUACAGAGGUCACACCUAGUUCGUCAUCAGGCAAUCCACAAAGGAGAGAGACCCCACAAGUGCUUGGAAUGUGGGAAAAGUUUCAUACAGAGGUCACACCUUGUUAAACAUCAGGCAUUACACACAGGAGAAAGACCUCACAAGUGCUUGGGCUGUGGGAAAAGUUUCAUACGGAGGUCACACCUAGUUCGUCAUCAGGCAUUACACACAGGAGAGAGACCCCACAAGUGCUUGGACUGUGGGAAAAGUUUCAUACAGAGGUCACACCUAGUUCGUCAUCAGGCAAUCCACACAGGAGAGAGACCCCACAAGUGCUUGGACUGUGGGAAAAGUUUCAUAAGAAGGUCACACCUUGUUAAACAUCAGGCAUUACACACAGGAGAAAGACCCCACAAGUGCUUGGACUGUGGGAAAAGUUUCAUACAGAGGUCACACCUAGUUCGUCAUCAGGCAUUACAGACAGGAGAGAGACCCCACAAGUGCUUGGACUCUGGGAAAAGAUUCAUAAGGUCACACCUUCUUUAUCAUCAGGCAUUACACACAGGAGAGAGACCCCACAAGUGCUUGGACUGUGGGAAAAGUUUCAUAAGAAGGUCACAUCUUGUUCAACAUCAGGCAAUCCACACUGGAGAGAGACCCCACAAGUGCUUGGACUGUGGGAAAUGUUUCACAGUGAGGUCAAACCUUGUUAAACAUCAGGCAAUCCACACAGGAGUGAGACCCCACAAGUGCUUGGACUGUGGGAAAAGUUUCAUACAAAGGUCAGACCUAGUUCAACAUCAGGCAUUACACACAGGAGAAAGACCUCACAAGUGCUUGGACUGUGGGAAAAGUUUCAUAAAAAAGUCAAACCUUGUUCAACAUCAGGCAAUCCACACUGGAGAGAGACCCCACAAGUGCUUGGACUGUGGGAAAUGUUUCACAGUGAGGUCAAACCUUGUUAAACAUCAGGCAAUCCACAUAGGAGAGAGACCCCACAAGUGUUUGGACUGUGGAAAAAGUUUUAUACAAAGGUCAGACCUUGUUCAACAUCAGGCAAUCCACACAGGAGAGACUCCAGAGGUGCUUUGACUGCGGGAAAAGCUUCAUAUGGAGGUCUGAUUUCAUUAAAUAUACCCGUCGCCCAUG